UUCACUUACUCUCUCCUUUCUUUCACUCUCUCUUUCUAACUCUGUCUCUCAACAGAUGUGUAUCUGCUGGAGGCUGUGAUUGAAGAGGAUUGACAUUAAGGUUCAGAUGACUCUUGACCUCUGCUGAGAUGUCCUGGAGGGGGAGUGAAAGCCAAUUCCUGCCCUUCAUUGGGAAUCGGCCCCUCAACCAAUCCCUGGCCACCAACCAGAGCAUGCCUCCCCCAUUGAACGAGUCCUUCCACCGAUCCCCAGCCAUCAACAGGAGCAUGUCCCUCCCCUUCAAUGGGUCCCUCCACCAAUCCCUGGUGUGGGAGCAGGAUGGCAGAAGCAGAGGCCAGGCUGUGCUGGAGGAGAUGUGGAUAGGGAACAACACCCCAUCCUUCCCUCCAGGUCACCCCUCAUUUGAGACAGCAGAGUGGUGCCAUUUGUCCCCUUCGGUGACCGUGUGUCUGGUAGUGUGUUACUGCUUUACCAUGCUGUUGGGCCUUGUGGGAAACUGCUGCCUGAUCUGCAUCAUCGCCCGUCGCCGGGAGAGAGCCAACGUCACCAAUAUCCUCAUCGCCAACCUGUCUGUAUCGGACAUCAUGAUGUGUGCCUUCUGCCUCCCCUUCACUGUCACCUACACCCUCAUGGACCAUUGGGUGUUCGGGUCUGUGCUCUGCAGAUUGGUGCCCUUCAUCCAGUGUGUGUCUGUCACCGUGUCUGUCCUCUCACUGGUGCUCAUUGCCCUGGAGAGACACCAGCUGAUCAUCAACCCCUCCGGCUGGAAGCCCAGCAUCCCGCAGGCCUACGUGGCUGUGAUCAUCAUCUGGAUGCUGGCCAGCUUUACCUCACUGCCUUUCAUGGCUUUCCACCUGCUCACAAAUGAGCCUUAUGCCAACCUGACCCAGCCUCAUUUCAAGCCUCAAUCUCAGCCCAAGCUUCAGAGCCAUGCCAAGCAUCAGCCUCCCUUUCAGCUUCAACCCCUCCUUUAUACCCAGUCCUCUCUCUACCCCCAGAUUCAGCCUCUUCCCUCUCUUCAGCCCCAGUUGCAGCUCUUUUCCCACUCUGAUCCCUCUUCCUACCCCCAGUCUUCUGCUCCCCUCUGGCCCUCUUCCCAUCCUCAACCUCCUUCUGACCCCACAACAUCUCCGUCCCCACCCCCCAGACUCUUCUCGUUCCCCCAGCCCUCCUCUCACAUGGAGGCCUGUCUGGAGCACUGGCCAUCCCAGCAGCAGAAGCUGGCAUAUACCACCUGGCUGCUGGUGUUUCAGUACUGCGGCCCACUGCUGCUGGUUCUGCUCUGUUACAUCAGAGUCUUUGUGCGUCUCCGUCAGCGCCAGGAAAUGCUGGAUCGGGCCAGGACCCCGGAGAACCAGCGUAUGACUCACAGUCGGCGAGUCAACGUCAUGCUAGUCGCCCUGGUGACAGCCUUUGCCCUCUGCUGGCUGCCACUGACAAUGUUUAACGUUGUUUCGGACUGGUACCAGGAAGCCUUGCCCGUUUGUCACCAUGACCUGUUGUUUUCGCUGUGCCACCUGCUGGCCAUGUCCUCCACCUGCAUCAACCCCAUCAUCUAUGGCUUCCUCAAUUCCAACUUCAGGCAGGAGGUCAGGGAGACGCUACUGCACUGCCGCUGUCAGCCACUAGUGGAAGACUAUGAGCACUUCCCCAUGUCCACCGUGCACACAGAGGUGUCUCGCACCUCGCUGCAAAUCAACUGUAGGAACAACUCUGUUUGAGGACCAAGGACUGGACUCCAUGCCCUUCUUUUUGAGGAAGCCAGGUCGACUUUUAGUCAGUCGACACAGGUUGACUGCAUGUGGCCUCAAGUCAACCUCUGCCCUCGAGUCUGCCCUCAACCCCCACAUCGAAGUACAGGGAUCUCCAACCCUGGACCAGGAGAGCUAUGAGAAUCCAUAGGGAAUCCUGUAGGUUUUUGCUCCAACCCCAGUUAGACUAAUUUUCAACCAGCUGAUUAGAAUCAGGUGUGCUGAAAAAGGACAGUAGCUCUCCAGGAACAGGGCUGGAAGAACAGUUCUGCAGUAGUAGAAUGUAUGAGCUUAAUGCUUCAACAAAACCAUUUGUGUUACUAUCAAUGGCUGAACUGCAAUGUUCAACAUUGUGUAUGCAUUACACUGUGUAUGCAUGACACUGCAAUGCAGUGUGUAAUUGUGAAAUGUCAGUUUUGUAUAACAAGUUGCUAAAAUGUAAUGUUGUGAUGCGUUUUUCUGUGAGGCAGCAUUUAGUAUUUUUACCACAUGCUCAUUCUCUGCUCUUUCUCUACCCUGUGGAAGGAUGGUGUUUUUAAAUAGCUUGGUUAGUUCUGCAUUCCAUGUUAGGAUUUAGUUCUUGAAGUUAUAAAAGGAAUGUUGUGUUGUAUCAGUUGGUUUUCAUUUGUUCACAGCAGCAUUUUGUUUACAGGUGUUAGA